AUGUUGAAUGUACUGUUGCCGCUCUUGAUCUUUUCUGGAACUAUUCGUGGCCUGGAGGAAUUGCUGAAGGAUCAUCUUGUCUUCGCAGCAAACAUACUCCUCAGUCCUGCAGGCUGGACGACAACCGUCUCUUUAUACAACUGCCCAAACCCUCAAGGUGCCAAUAGCGUCAACCUUGAUCGUCUCAUCAAGGUCCCGGCCAAGGCUGUCAAGGUGCCUGUCGCCAAUUGUCUCAAUCACUCGUUCCUCUGUCUGCUUCACCUCCAGUCUUGCCCUCUACCUUGCUUUUCUACCCCUCCAAACCUUUGA